UUUGUGCCACGCGCCUGAGGAGGGAUAAUCACUGGAUUUGACUCGAUUCCGAUUCGAUUCGGAUCGCAAUCGCCCCAAACUCAAACUCGAACUCGAAACUGAAGUUUUCCAAACUCCAAAUCACCAAAACGCCAAAUCCCGAGUCUCGAAGCUAAGGCGCUGCAAAGGCGACUCGACGGUCGCGAUCGCGAUCGCCCCUUGCAAUUGUGGCUGGCUCGUCCCGUACCGCCUCCCGCCCCCCCUAGACCCCCCUCGAAAACAGCCGCCCGCCACCCGUGAAAUCGCAAGCGCGUCGCGUCGGAAAAACGCGUGCCGCCGCCAAUUGCAUCUGUUGUUUGUUUGUUGUUUUUUCGGUUGAGUGUGUGAAAAGAGUGCUGUUGUCGUUGUUCGUUACAAAUAUUUUUUUUUUGGGGGUUCUCCUCAAUUGACAACAAAAACACGAAAACAAAGAAGCUGCAGCGGGUAUUCACAAGUGAAACGUAAACAAUGAAAAGUGAGACGGCUGGCGGAGCAGUGAAUUCCAGUUGAUUGCAGUCUGCAGUUCGUGGUUGCAGCUGCACGGCGAGGGCGAGAAAAGCUUAGCAUACUUUUUUGGGCCUGCCCCAAUAACUCAAAACGCCGCCCAAGGACGAGUCCGAGUCCGAGUACCCAAAAAACCGAGCGGCGGAAAAAGUGAAAGCCACAAGAGCCCUGCAGACGGGCGAAGGAGCGCAGCGCAGACCCCACAGCCGACGAGCUGCAGCCGGAAUUAACACAAAAGCCACCGCAGACCAAAUCGAGUUCCUGACACACAGCCUUGGCAGUGCUGAUUGCUUGAGUAUAUCUCCAAUAGAAGCUCCCAAAUCGAGAUGUCGACACACAGGCUAAUUUUUCUGGGCACUCUGUGCCUGCUGGCAGGCUGCGCGGACGGCGCCUCGAAGCGCUUCUUCACCGACUUCCUGCAGGACCUGCCCACGCCCGGCACCGGAGGACCCACCUUCGACACGACCAUCGGCACCAACAUCACGGGCCUCGUCGGCAAGACGGUGAAGCUGACCUGCCGCGUCAAGAAUCUGGGCAAUCGCACGGUGUCCUGGGUGCGGCACAGGGAUAUACACCUGCUGACCGUGGGCCGCUACACGUACACCUCCGACCAGCGCUUCGAGGCCAUGCACUCGCCCCACGCCGAGGAUUGGACACUGCGUAUCCGCUACGCCCAGCGCAAGGACUCCGGGAUCUACGAGUGCCAGAUAUCGACCACGCCCCCAAUAGGACACUCCGUCUACCUCAACAUCGUUGAGCCCGUCACCGACAUCAUCGGCGGCCCCGAGCUGCACAUCAACCGGGGAUCCACCAUCAAUUUGACUUGCAUUGUGAAAUUCGCACCGGAACCGCCGCCAACCGUCAUUUGGUCGCACAACCGCGAGAUCAUAAAUUUCGAUUCACCUCGCGGCGGCAUAUCAUUAGUCACCGAGAAAGGUGUGCUGACCACCAGCCGGCUCCUGGUGCAGAAGGCCAUCACCCAGGACUCGGGACUCUACACAUGCACCCCCUCCAACGCCAAUCCGAGCACGGUGCGCGUGCAUAUCGUCGAUGGCGAGCAUCCGGCGGCCAUGCACACGGGCAACAACAAUAACUCCACGGCGUCCCAGCCGCCGGUCCUGCUGCCGCUGGUCCUGCUCACCUGCGGCACGCUGAUGCUCCUGCAGCUGGUGGCCUGCUGCUCCGCCCUCGUCACCGCCGCCGCCGCCGCCCUCGUCCCGGCCACGCCCCUCGAUCCGCUAAGGAUCGCCCACCACCACAGCAGCUCCGCCACCCAGGACACGGCCAGCGAAGGACAACGAAGCGCCAGGAUCAGCCAGGAUCUGCAGCGGGAGGAGGGGGACCUGUGCCGCAGGGGAUUCGGGAGGAGACCGGUGCCCGGGACAUAGCUCUUCCAGGAAUCGGGAACCGGAAACGCUGCCGAAUUGCCAACAGGAGUCGCAUUUUAGGUUGAUCCUCUUGCCCCCCCUCUGCUCGCCCCUCUGUUAAGAUCCCGCUCCCCUGGUCUUCAGUCCUCAGUUGUUCCUUUCCCCAUCCGUUUCACCAUUUCCUGUUUCCCGUUUCCGGUUUCCGGUUCCAUCCUGCUCUUGUCCCACCUGCGGGCUCUUCCCUCCGCCGCCCCUGGACUUUCGUGAGCGGGCUGGAGCGCUUGUCCUGUUAUCACUAAAUUAAGCAGCCAGACUUGGCCCACAAAAACAGAAAACUAAAACAUAUAUUUAUCAGAUUUUUCUAAAGCUAACCAAAGAUAGAUAACGCUGUGGGGUACACGAAAAGGAGCCAAACUAUGGGCUCCAAGGAAAAUUCCGAUUGAAGAGAGUAUUGAAACGAAGUAGGCGGGAGGUAAGCAGAUGAUUUUCGUAAACGGUUGGGUCAAGUUGGCCAGGUUCUUGGGGGCAGGUAAAAAUAACUACAUAAGCAAAGAGCCACACCAAACACACCCUGUAAAUAAAGCAACUCACCUGGGACUUCUCUUCCAUCGCCAAGCAAACGGUAGGGGGAAAUGUCGAGUAUGUAUGAAUUCAUCUAUUCAGCUUUUAUUUUUGAUGCUUUCCAACUUUGACACACCGACAUACACACACACACACCGACAAGAAGAACACUUUCUCUAGUACAAGGAUAAGCUAUAGGUGUCUAAACAUAUUAUAAAUAAAUAGCAGAGAGAAGUUUUGAUGGGAAACCCCUUGCGAUUCGAGGCAAGCCUAAGUAUGAUAAAGAAUUUUUUUUGUAAACUAGCGUAAGUUCAAGACUAUAGUAAAAUGUAAGCGAAAUGCGAGGGAGAAAGUGGAGAAAAAGUAGCUAAAACGGAUGGAUGAGGGCUAGGAUUAGCGAUUGAUUGUUGGAUUAAACGUGUACAUACAAAGCAAAUCAGCAUAAUUAGUCUAUGGAUAUUUUUUUGUUUUUUUUUUGCCUACUCCCAUAUAUCAGAUCAGAAUAAUCUCUACCUACAAAUAGGGCAUUUUUGAUGUGUUUAGGGCCUAAGCGAUAUUAAUUAUUGUUGUUUGUUUGGCAAAACGAAACGAAAUCGCAAAUGAACAUGCCAUCGAGAGCAGAUAUUGAAAUAGAGAACUAACAACUAUCCAAUAAAGCGUAUUGCUAAUUCAACUCGAGUAUUUAAGUGUCUCUCUCUAUCUAUCUCUAUCUCUCUCUAUUUCUCUAUAACUCUCUAGCAGACUCUCCUCUCAAGCAAAAACCAAAAAAAUAAAAAAAAGAAAAACAACAGUCACAGACACAUAAGAUCGGAAAGUUUAAGCCAAGCUAGUGGAAAGAUAGAGAAACACUGGAACAUGAAAUAAAACAGAAUCAGAAUCCGCGAUCCCACCCCAGAGACAGGGUCUAACCCUAUCCCACUCCCAGCCCCUAGAAGUCCAUGCGUGACCCAUGCACUGGAAACUCUUCAUACGUUUUCGCUCCAAAUGAAAAACAAAAGAUAAUAUUCAGAAUACUCUCCGUACUAAACGUAAUUAAAUGGAUAUGAAUACGAAUACGAUGGUACCACUUAGUAUGUAUAACUAUAAUGAGGAGGAGGGAGGACAGGAAACGAAAACAGAAUGGAUAUAUUUUAUGAAUGUGAUGACGUUUAGCAAGUUAAAAAUGAUAUAUGAGACCCCCGAAUAAAGACCAAAACAUUCAGAAAAAGACAUGAAAAUCAAGAGACCCCUCGAAUCUUUUGAAUGUUGCAAAGCUCCUUUCAAAGGCCAAUAUGUCAAGUCCAAGGAUCAAUAUCAGACUCAUCCCUAAAAAAUCCCAGUCCCAAACAAAGUCAAAGUUACAACGCCGGAAGAUUCCCCUUUGCAGGGAGCUGCAACCGCAUUUCAAGUGUAUUCAAAUGUAUUUGUAAAUGUAUCUGCCAGUAUUUUGAUUUUCCUCUCCAUCUAUCCGCAUGCACUAGUCUAAGCCAAACUUAAAAGGAGUGUUUAAAUGUUUAUAAGCAAAUUGAAUGUAAUUCAAUAUCAAACCGAAACCAGAACUUAAAUAGAGCAAAGGCAAAUAGCAAAAUGAAAAAUGAAAAAUGGAAAAAAAUUUAAUGAAUAAAAAAGAAACGACAAUUUCUAUGUAUAAAAUAAGGUGAAAUAAAGUCCAUGUUGCAGAUGCUAAACCUAUGAAUAUAUGGUAUAUUGUAAUUGAAUGAAACCGAUAUAAAUAUGUAAAUGAUAAGCGAUAAUUAAAAAUGUGUUGACCCCAUUAUUAUGUUCGUUCGAUAUGUGUAUAUUAAUUUUAUGAAGCUCUUUUUUUCCGUUGUUUUCUUUUCUUUGUGAGUCUUUUUUUGAACAUUUUGUGUUUUGUUGUUUUCGUGGUAGAGUUAAUUAAAGGAAAAAGUAAACAGAAAGUGCGCGGAGAGCAAAAACAAUUUUAAAGUAAAUAUGUUAAAUACAAUUUUAAGCAUAAACAAUGGCGUCAAAAGCAAACAAUUUUAAUGUGGUUAAAUAAGAAAAAUGCCGAAUUCAAUGGAAAAUAUGUGUGUUGUUCCAAUUGAACGGGACACUUUGAAAUAUUACAAUUCAUAAUAACUAUAAUUACGGAAAGGGUAAGCGAAUGGGAUCCUACCAUCAAGUGGAACAAAAGUAAGGGAUUAAAUUGCAUAGGUCUAAGAACAGAUUAACGAAGGUAAUUACCAGACCACACUCACACGCUCACAAAGCGGACACACACAGAUACACCAACACACACAGACAGUCAGAACCAUGCAAUUUGAACCGAAAAACGAGAGAUUCGAUCACAAAAACCAAAUAUGAAUUCAAUAAAAGUGUAAAAAAACCAAAAAAAAACU